UCUUAUGGUUUUUUUUUUCUUAUUGUUUUAAUAUCUGUCCUGUCUGUUACUAUAGCCUUUAGCUUUCCUGGAAAUUGGCCAGUACUCUAUGUGUGAGUCUGUCUGUGCACACUCAUAUUGGUGUGUGUGAAAACGAGAAUGAAAUUUAAAGAAAAAAACACCUGUGGAAAAUUGUACUGAAGUGCUUAGUUUAUUAUUUUUGGAUAUUUGAGAUUUUGCAACUGAACAUUUAGAAAAUUUAUCAAAUAUUUGCCUACUAUAGUUUGCUUUGGCUUUUCUGUAGCCAGUUCACAGAUUGUAAAAAAGAGCUUUUUAGAAUUUAAAAGCUUAAGUUGGUAUGAAAAAAUAUUUUAACUGUAUAUGUAAGCAUAUACUCAUGAGGACAGAGUUAAGAAUUUUCCAAGUAAAGUAUAAUAUGUAUACUCAGUCAAAUUGGGGUUGUGAUAUUUUAUAUUCAUUUGAAAAAUACUCAGUUUGUUCUUUCAAAUAUCCUCUUAAGGUAGUUUCUCUCAAUUGUUACGAGACUAUUAUUUCAUAUUCAGUGUUAUUUUUGUUAUACACCUAAAACUUUUUUCUUCGAUUGGCUUACUGGAUAGGGUAACUGGAAAGCAGUUUUUAAAGCCUCCAUCGGAGAGUGAGAUCAGAGAUGGGAGCAAAGCCCAAAGUCUUCUGGUUACUUGUUAAAUUUUACGUCUUGCCUUGCUGUAAGAGCUAAUUAUUAUUAAAAAUUUUAUGUUUUUCCAGAAACAUUCAUAUAUAAUUGGCUGUUGAUUUUGACAAUUUUAAUGUACAGUUAACUUAGAGUACUGACUGGCUUAUACAUACAUUUUAAUUUUUUUUUUUUUUUUUUUUGCUAGAUGAUAGUAACUAUUUUGUAGCAUAAAAGUAUGGUAGAAAAAAUUUAAUGGACUUUUUAUAUGUGAUUUUUAAAACUUGUUGUAGUUACUAGGUUUACAUUAAAAUCAUGAGCUCAUCUGGAUUUUGCUGUACUUUGGGAGUUUUAUGCUUGUUUCAGAAUGCCUGUUUUGGAAUAUUAGGAGCAUUAUAAAAUAAAGCUCCUCCCAGAAUGUUAAUUUUGAAAUCCCAGAACAGGAAGUUCUGGUUUCUUUUUUCUCCCCCAGAUGAAUUGGACAGCAUAUUUCUUGUGUUUGCGGGGUAGAGUAGACAGGGAAGACAAACGUGCUGAAAAGGAAACGAUUUGCCAAUAGAUUCUGGUCUUAAGAGCACCGUGAGCCCCGAGUUGGGGAGUAAGGUGAGAGAGGAAGAAGUUUUAAUUCUACAGAGUUCCAUGCUAUGAAAGUGCCCAGGAAAAACCCUAAACUGGAAAUAGCAGAAAAGUGUAUAGUGUAGGCUUCUGUCCUUACUGACUUGGAAGGAAAAAUGUUAAGUUAUUGUUGGAACCUUGCUGUAAUCCCAUGCAGUCAGAGAGAUGAUGUAUAAGAAACUUGCACGGUUAUGGGAUAUGGGGGGCUUUAGUGUAGUUUGUUUUACUUGGCUGAUUAAAACAGUCAGCUAUAACUUUAAGCAUUUUUAAUGCUACUAUUUUUCAAGAAAACUUUACUAUUUUUUGGACAUGCAAAUCUAAAAAUUUACUGCAUUUUUUAAUCUGUACCUUAAUAAAGUAUCUUAAGGUACCUUAAUAAGAUACAAUUUUUAAACUUUUUUUUCAGAUAUAGCUGAUGACUUUUAGAGCUGCUAAGUCUGAUUAUGCAUCCAGCAAAGUAAUGCAUUGUUACAUUAAACAAGCAGAAAAGAGCAGAGUGAGAGAAGCAGACGAAGGCAGUCUGCAGUGCAGGACGCUCUGAGAGCUGCACGGGGCUGUGGAUGCUGCCCUGGACAGUUGACUGUGACAGUUGACUGUGCUUGCUUCAGCACCACAGAAGCAGCACUGGUGUAAACAGGAAAGGCCACAGAAAACAUUUUACCAAAGUUUUUAAUUUCUUUUAGUUUGCUAUUUUUUAGUUCAGACAGUAAUGUGAGAAAAGAGUGGAAAAGUGGUAUUGAUACCCAUUAAACAGGGACUACUGUUAAUAAAGUGUGCCGUUUUGAAUAAAAUAUACCUUCAUUAUACUUGUCUAAAUAUGACCUUCUUGUUGUUACGUGCAUUUCAGAUUUCUUUUUAUAAAUGUUAACAUUUAGAAAAAGUAAGAUCAACGUAACAGGUGUGAGCCUAAUCGUCAGUCAUAACUUUUAUGUCCACAUUUUCUGGUAGAUGGAUUUUGACUAUUAAUUUGGUUUUGUAUGUUUUCUCUAUGUGAUAUUUGUGCAUUAUUAGAUGACUAGACUGGCCAAGGCAGACCUGUUACACUUGCCUGAGUUAGGCAUUGUUUGCCAUGCCACUAAGCCUGCCGCCAAGUGAAACCUUCAUUGGGGAAAUGAGAUCGGAGUCUGAACCGCAGAAGAUGGACGCCCUGUCUCUGUUUUUAUUGUUUUGCUUUAAUUUCAUUUCUUUUUCUUUUGUCCCUUUUUUUGUUUUGUUUUGUUUUUGUUUUUGUUUUGUUAAAUCUUUCACUUUUAACCUAUGAGCUGGUUUUCCAGUUCUUUCUGAAUGGUAUUCCAUUAAGGGUCAUAAUAUGUUGCAAACUUAUGGGGAAUGAUUGACAGAACUCAACCUUGAGAUGAACCAAACUGUCCUGCAUUAAGUUAGAUGCAAUGCUGUGAAGAUUCUCAGGCCUUCUGGCUGGUCUUGUGGGUUGCUGAGGUACAUUUUGAUCUUCAAACAUUAAAACACUUACGAGAAUCUUAGGAACAUUUCCUGAUGGGCUCAGUGCAUAUUUUUCCCCAAGUCUACAUCUCUCAUAAAAACCAACUGAUGCCUUAUAAUUUUUGUCCUUCCCUUAGAACUGUAGGCAUAUAAAACCAUCAAGGAAAAUAAGUGCAUUUCUUUUACCAUCUGAAGGUAGGGGGAGGUCUUUGUCUUUUAUUACCAUGGUGUUAUGAAGCCUUUUGUUGCUUCUGGGGAAAUGGAGAAAACUGUUCAUUAUUUAUUUGCAUGCAUUUUUUUGUUUGUUUGUUUGCUUGAAUUUCUUUUGUUGAAAACUCUUCAGAACUUACUCGCUUUUUAAGUGCAUUCUGAAGUGAGGACUCACAAUAGUAUGAAAGAUGUCUGCCUCAGUUUUGAAGUGUAGUUUGGGGAAAAUGCUAAAUGCUUGCUUGUUUCACACUUCUCUGUACUCCAGGGGUGCUUUAGAGGACACAGUUUACAGAGUUAGAGUUUGGAAUAGUACAAUGGAAUUUUUCUUAAGAGUAUCUUUAGUAGAAUAAGACAGAAAUAAUGUGAGCUUAAAGUUACUGAUUUUUAACAGUUUAUUGUUAUGAGGUGGGUCUGAUAGCCUACUAAUACUUAAGACAGAGCUGAGGCCUCACAGUACUAAGUAAUGAACUUGGUUCAUGUUGAAUAUUAUUAUCUGUGUAGUCUCUAGACUGAAUGGAUAGCUGGGUCUGGUUAUUGACAAAUAAUAUUAAAUUUAGCACAUUACUAGAUUGUAACUCAGGUGAAUAAAUUAGGGUACCGAAGCAUAGAGUGUAUACCUGGGAUGGCAGGUGUUCAGGUUUUAAGCCUUAAGAAAGAACUCUGUAUGUUUAGUAUAUAAAACGAAUGUGAUAACUAAUAUAAAUAGCAUAUAUAUGGGUAUAUGUAGAUGAGUAGUAAUAGUAGUAGUUCAUUGUUAUUUUAUAUCUUCAGAAAGUCUUACCUUGUUAUCAUUCUGCAUGUUAAGAAAUUUGUUCUCCAGAAUUUAAAAGUAAUAACCUCAUUUUUUAAAUUAGUUAAAUUUAGAUGCUGUAGAAUUAGAAAGUAUGCAUUUGCCAAAGCCGCUAAACUGUAAUUCUGUUUUGUUUGUUUUUUCUAUAGAUAAGCUAAAACUAUUAUCUAAAGUUUUAGAUUACAACUUGAAUUCCAUCUGUGCUUUGAGGUCUUUCAGGAGAGAUUGUUUAGCUAUUUAUCUCUAAAUAGCAUCUGGUUGUUGUAAAUAGAAUUUACCACUGAAACAAGGCAUAAUGCUUUUGAAAAGUUACCACGUAGAUUUCAGCUUGUGUGAUUUUUAAAAAUGCAGUUUUAAGAUACUCUUAAUGAAUUAAUAGAAAUGGUAAUAUAUAUAUUUAAUCAAGUUUGAGAAAUAUACCCACUCCCCAUUUUUGGCUAAGAAGAUAGAAAAAUAUGAGUUUUAGUUUUUGUCAAAUUGUUUUAAAUUCAGAAACCAAAUAUGGCAGAUCAUGAACUUCAAUUUUUUGAAAAUUCAUAAAUUUUUUUUAAGUUGCAGGCAUAUUUUCUUAAAUGGUUUUACUAUUACUAAAAUGAUUUUACUAUUAUUCCUGUUAGAAAAUUACAGGCUUCAUAAGAAAAGCAUUUAUAAGCGUUAGUUAUUGUUCUCAGAUAAGUAUACAUGAACUGCAUCUAAAGUUAGUAUUUUAAGAAGUUUCCUGAGACUAGGGAAAAUUUUGUUGGUUCAGUCCCUAAUUUUUUUAUCAAUUGCCUAAGGCAUCUUUGGGAUUGGAUUCUCUCUAGGUAUUAGUUGGUGAAGUGCCUUAUUGAUGAAUGGGUAUGGACCUUUUUAAAUUCAAGCUGAUUAUGUGUUCAAGUUUUCUGUUUUCCUCUGUUUAUUUGAGGUUGAGUGGAGUCUUUUGGAGGGAUUAUUAGAAUUGUUUGCUUCUCAAGUAGGUAGCUUCAGUAACAGGAUAGAGACACUCAUUAUAGAGCAAAUUUCAAUUCGCACAUAUUUGCUUUUUUUUUUCUUUUUCUUUUCUUUUCUUUUUUUUUUUCCUUUUUUUUUCUUUUCUUUUUUUUUUCUUUUUUUCUUUUUUUUGACUAAUUUGUUAUUUGCCAUUUCUGGGGAUUAAACUUUAAAAAAUGUUCUUCUUUUCUGUAUCUGAUGUUCUGUGUGCUAUUAGUGACGCAGCCAACACGAACGGUUGUCAUGUGUAACACAACUUUCGAUCACCGCGAAAACAGCGUCCUGGGAAAGCGUCCAUGCUUGAUAUCGUUUGGUUCAUGAACAUUAAGUUUCCAGUACAGGUGACCCAUAGCUCAAAGUGUUAAAUAAUUGUCUACAUUAUUCAGUUUUUAAAAUAAUGUUCCAUUAAUGAGAUUGUUAGUCUUUGAAGUUUUGCUCACUUUUAUUUUUCCUAAUAGAGCAGGAUAAAAGGAAAGCCUUAUGUUCUUCUUAUUUGUUUCUUUGUAUGGAUCUGAUAGAUAGAUUCAUUUAUUAUUAUUAUUUUUUAAGUGCAAGGGUAAUUGUAAAAUCAUAGUGUAAAGUUGGUGUGGUGUUUCUGCUUUCCCUAAUGUUUGGAACUUGCCUCUGCAGGUAAAAUCCCAGAAGAAGCCAAAGCCCUCUCUUUACUGGCUCCUGCUCCAACCAUGACAAGCCUGGUACCUGGUGCAGGGUUGCUUCCCAUCCCAACCUCCAGUCCUCUGACGGCAGUGAGUAGUCUUGGUGUUUCACUUAGCAGUUUGGGAGCUAUCCCAGCAGCAGCGCUGGACCCAAAUAUUACAACACUUGGAGAGAUUCCACAGCCGCCACUUAUGGGAAAUGUGGAUCCUUCCAAAAUUGAUGAAAUUAGGAGAACAGUUUAUGUUGGAAAUUUGAAUUCACAGACAACAACAGCUGAUCAACUACUUGAAUUUUUUAAACAAGUUGGAGAAGUGAAGUUUGUUCGGAUGGCAGAAUAAAUCACUCCAACAAUGCAAUAGUAAAACCUCCUGAGAUGACACCUCAGGCUGCAGCUAAGGAGUUAGAAGAAGUAAUGAAGCGAGUACGGGAGGCUCAGUCAUUUAUCUCAGCAGCCAUUGAACCAGAGUCUGGAAAGAGCAAUGAAAGGAAAGGCGGUCGAUCUCGUUCCCACACUCGCUCAAAGUCCAGGUCUAGCUCAAAAUCCCACUCUAGAAGGAAGAGAUCACAGUCAAAGCACAGGAGUAGAUCCCAUAAUAGGUCACGCUCAAGACAGAAAGAUAGACGUAGAUCCAAGAGCCCACACAAGAAACGCUCUAAGUCUAGGGAGAGGCGGAAGUCAAGGAGCCGGUCACGGUCACGGGACAAGAGAAAAGAUACCCGAGAAAAGGUGAAGGAAAGAGUGAAGGAGAAAGAGAGGGAAAAGGAGAGAGAGAGGGAAAAGGAUCGUGAAAAAGACAAGGAGCGGGGUAAAAACAAAGAUAAAGACCGAGAGAAGGAAAAGGACCAUGAGAAGGAGCGAGACAAAGAAAAGGAGAAGGAACAAGAUAAAGACAAGGAACGGGAAAAAGACAGAUCCAAAGAGACAGAUGAAAAACGGAAGAAGGAGAAGAAGUCCCGAACACCCCCCCGAAGUUACAAUGCAUCACGACGAUCUCGUAGUACCAGCAGGGAAAGGCGGAGGAGGAGGAGCAGGAGUUCUUCCAGGUCUCCAAGAACAUCAAAGACCGUCAAAAGAAAGUCUUCUAGAUCUCCGUCUCCCAGGGGCCGAAAUAAGAAAGAGAAAAAGAGAGAAAAAGAACGGGACCACAUCAGUGACAGGAGAGAAAGAGAGCGUUCUACCUCCACAAAAAAGAGUUCUGGCGACCGAGACGGGAAGGAGAAAGUGGAGAAGAGUACCACACCAGUUAAGGAGAAGGAACACAGUAAAGAGUCAGAUGCAACUGUGAGCAAAGCUGCAGAUGAGAAGGGCUCUCCGAGGACUGAGGACGAAGGUAAAGUACAGCACAAUGGGAACUGCCAACCAAAUGAGGAGAGCCCGUGCAGCAAGGCCGACGCCGUAUAGGCCUGCCCACUCUGUCUCCUCCACGGCGGGAUCAAACCCAAAGCGUUCAGUUCAAAACAAGGUGUAAAUUGAGAGAGAAAUCCAUAUAUGGUAACUAAAGCUUUUCCAGCUAUGAGGUGACAUUGUGGACAUCUUGUUACUGAGCAUGGACAUCACGAAAUACCAGAUGUUACCCAAACUGACCAUCUUCUGAAGUCUGCAUUUCCAUGGUGGCUGCCCUACUUGUCAUGUGGUGGGUGCAUCAGUGUUUGCCAGAAACGCAGAGAUCCAGAGUGGAACUGUCCAGGAGAUGAGCAGUGGAGGCUCUUAAAAAAUGCUAGUUACUGAGUUUUGUAUUGUUUUACUUUUUUUAAAAAAAAAAAAAUUUCAAUAUAUACAGUUUGAUGAUGUGCUUGAAAUUUGUGCAAAUAUACAUACACUCUUGUAAAGUGCAAAUGAUGUAAGACGUUUUCACGUUGACUUCACAGGGAUUGCAGUGAUUGUGGUAAAUCCUCACUACUGGGUUUUCUUUUGCUCACUGUUUUGGACAUGAGUUUUUCUUUAAAACAGUUUUACAGAUUAACAUUGCUUAAAUAAGUGAUUAAAAACCAACUGACAAUGCAUGCUACUGUUCUUCCGAAGAAGAGCAGCUGUGUGGAAUACUAAUAACGUAUUCAGUGUUCAGAAUCAUUGGGUCUGCCAGAAAAUGAGCAUUUCUUCUUAACCUUCCUUAACAUUUCCAAGCUCAUGAAUAAUACUGCAGUGUGUCUUGUCAGCUGUAGGUGGCAAAGAGGCCCUUAGAAAACGGAAAUUGAGUUUUCACAAACAGGCUAUUGGAGCACAAGCUGAAGCUGUAGUGCCUUCUACAAUGUGUGGUAUACUGUUCCUGGGAUUUGUAUGUGCUAGUCAGUUUCAAUUCAUUUGGAACCUAGAUGGCUGUGUGCUAUUCACCCAUUGGGAAGUGUUCAGUUGCUGUGUCAUAAGCACUUCUCCAUUCAGAUGAGAAAAGGAAGUCCUGUUUACAAGCUCUGUGGAGGUUCAAACAACAGUGUCGUUUGGGGACCACCAGUUUUAUACUGUGAUGAUUAAACAGGAGACAUGCUCUUACAUGGUCAGAGGAUGCCUAUGAGUUGACUUCAUUGGAUGGCCUUAAUAUUGCCUUGCAGUCAUUUUCUCCCAAUGAUGCAGAAAUUAAACUUAUGGAAGGACUAGGAGCAUAUGGUAAAUUUGUGUUUAAUGAUAGGCUUACUGGAAUCCAUCUUAGGUCCACCUUCCUGCAGAAGGAGGGCAGGAGUAAAGCAGCAUCUGCGUUCAUGUUUUCUCCAGAGCUGUGCACUCCGCACUAACCGUCCACUCAUCACUGUCACACUUCCAAAGCAAACAGAACCCCACUUCCAAUUUGCAAAGGUUAUUUGAAAAUCAAGUGUGAUUAUUUUAGCAGAACCUAAUACAAUCAAAUUACUCAGUUGCCUUACCUCAUGAAGAGUUAUGUUCACAGACUGAAAAAGCCAAGUAGCACUUUAGUUCCUUGGUUUCAAUUUGAGUCUUUUUUUCAUAUUAAUCAGAAGACUAGAAAGACCCUUUCUGCAAAUCACAAAGCCUGGUUCGAUUAUGAAGCUGCUUAAUCAUCUUCAGGUGUUUAGAGUUAUGGUGUGUGUGUGUGUGUGUGUGUGUGUGUGUGUGUGUGUGUGUGUGUGUGUGUUUCCUUUUUUGUCACUGUGUACAUUAAACUUUGGAAAAUGCUUUACUAUGUAAAGUAUAGAUGGCCAUUUUAAUCAUUUAGCCACAUAUGGUUGGCUAAUAAACAGCUUAUUCUGAUAGAGAAACAUUUGGACCUGUGGAGAGAUUGUUAAGGAGUGUCUCACUUCAACCGCUGUCUUAUUUAUGAAAUGUAAGUAGACUAGAGCAAAUGUUGGAAUCGUUGUUAUUUUUUAGUACCAUUUCUCUAAUAAAGUUGAGUAUUUUAGCGGAAAGAGUCUUCAGUUUCUAUUCCGCUCUGGUUUGGCGUGCCGUGUGGAGGGUGUCUGCAUGGCCUGUGCAAACCUUUGCAGUGUUUCCAGAGCGGCCCUUUAAAGUUAGGGCAUUUCCUCUCUGGAAGACUGGUAAAAUGUUUUCAUGGUGGAGAUUAACACUUCAUUCCUAUCGCUAUUUACCUUUCAUUCGGGUAUUUAUUUUGCUCAAAUAAUUAUUAAUGUAGAAAAUGGUUUUGUAACUCAGAAUGAGUAGGAGGAAUACAAGAGAAAAUGAAGUCAGAUGCUGUGGGAUGUGGUCUGGCAGUUAUGUGGGAGGGAGGCACUUGGGGAGGCGGGCACUCCUGGUCUUUGUUUUUGUUUUUGUUUUUGGUUUUUUUUGUUUUUGUUUUUAAUUCCUCUACUGUUUUUCAAAUACUGUUUUUUACCUAAGAUAGAUGCUGUCAGAAAGUGGGGGCGGGGACCAUAACCGUCUCCUACUAACAGCCAGUGUGGUUGUCUCUUUUUCUUUCUAGACAGGCUGAUACUGUGGAUAGCUUCUGUAUGCCCAUUGAGCUGAUAUUAGCACUAACCUGGUGGCUUUACAGUUAAGGACCGUAGCAGGUUUUAAAAUAAUUUCUAAUGACUAUCGCUGUAGUUGCUGUUUCUGUCUUACUCUAGUUAGCUAGGGACUAAAAUACACUUUUCAGCCUGUAAUCUCCAUGGUUAGAAUUCUUUUUUUAAAAUACAUUCGGUGUCUAUUAAUGCAAUUAUCUUUAUGUUAGAGGCUUAAAUUUUGAUAUACUCAAUUACAAAUAAAAAAAUCAAUUUUUAUAAUCAAGAUGGUUUAUUUUUUUGGUCAAGAAAAUUUAAGAUACUAAUAUUGUCAUCCUUCUGUCUUUGUGCUUUCAUUUUAAAAUUGAGAAAAGAUCCAACCUUCCUCUAGACCCAUCUUAACCUGUGAAAUUAUUUAAGCUUAAGGAUUAUGAAGCUCACUAUUAGGUUUAAAAUAUUUUCAGUUUACAGCGCAUCACAGAUAGAGUCUAGUUUCGUUUCAUGUUAGCUGAGUCAGCAGCGAGAGUCAGUCUUUUUGGAGGGAUGCAUUGAGUCAUAGGGCAUCUCUGAGCCAUGGAAAAGAGGAUUGGAUUGAGCGAGCUGUGAAGUUGACCAUGCAACCAAAAUGCAGUGACUGUUCCCUCUGUGUUUACGUCUCCCUCACUAAAUGCUUUCCCAUGUUUAUUUGCUAGUAGACACUUAAGUUAGUCUCAAAUUCCCAUAUGUCAUGCUCUUCAAAGGGCUUUAUUCCUAUUUCUGGAAGCAGGAAUCUAAUAAAAAUAUAACAAAAUAAUCUUGUAAGAUAAAAAUCAAUUCCUAGCCGGGUGUAGUGGCACACGCCUUUAAUCCCAGCACUUGGGAGGCAGAGGCAGGCGGAUUUCUGAGUUCGAGGACAGCCAGGGCUACACAGAGAAACCCUGUCUCGAAAAAAAAAAAAAAAACAAAACAAAAAAAAUCAUUUCCUACUUAAUUUGUAGGCCAGCCUUUUAAUUCCUUGUCUUUUAUUGUAUUGUAAAUGCAUUCACCUGGGCAGUGAGUGAUACAGUAAACACCAUAAAGCCACUUAGGCUUCUGGUCCACAGUCAGCUUAGGGUUAGUAAUAGAACUUUUUACAUUCCAGGCCAAGAUAUGUGUAUAGUUUCUGGAAUCGAUUUGUUUAUAGUUAAUAUUUCCUUUAUUUUUUUUUUCCUUGCUGUUAAGGAUUGAACCCAGGGCUUCACACCUGACAGUGCUCUAUCACUGAACUGCAGCCCAUCUCAUAACAGUGUAUUUUAAAAGUAGGUUUUUAAUCUUGCCCGAUGUUUAAGUUUACUGGCAAGUAACCUUUUAGCUUGGAAAAUUGCCAGUUUGGGAGAGAUGACAUUUAAUUUCUAGGGUCGAAAUGGAGUAGCGGUCUUGCUUAAUUUUUAUUUGACAUUCCUGACUAUGUAUGUUCGGAUUCAUCAAACUAGUACUGAAAGACAUGUCGAAUUCUACAAGUAAAUGGUACCACUAAGCAGCAUGAUUGGGGAAUAACCCAGAGAACUCAAUUCCAUCAAGAUUAAAUAUACUAAGUAACUGCAUAGGGCUAUUUUGUAGUUUAAUAGAAUGGUACUGCAGAUUAUCAAAAGGAAAGUUACUGCCUAGCUGUGAGUCUGAGUAGAGCUACUUUCACAUUGUUUUAGUAAAGAGGUACCAAAUGAUGCUGCUAUUAUGUUGCUAUCUUUUUAAUAAAAUGAAAAUCUUGAAAUCCACUCUUGAGUAGUAAUUUCAUCUUCUGAGACAGAUACUUGCAUUUUAUAGUUUGUUUUUAUAACUGAAAUGUGAUUUGCCCUUCCAGGCUUCAGAAGGGACCACCUCAACAGAUUUGUGUAUAUUGGGCAAUCCUGUCAUGGGUGUUAACUAACACAGCUUUGCAUCCCAGGCCUUUGGUGGGAUUCUAAGUGGCAGCUGCUGAGUCCGUUUUGUUCCUGGCAUCAGCUUCUGGGAGACUUUUGUGGAGUGAACAUUGCUACCAUGCCUGAACAGCAAGUGAAAUGCUUCCUCUGAUUUUUCUUGAGAAGUAAAUCUCAGCUUCCUGAGAAGUUGACCUCCAUGAGGUCAGUCAGUGUGUUGUCUGCUCAGGGAGGCCACUGAAGUCAGAUGAAGCAGUUAGCCAAAACUACGUCCUUAAAAAUAAAUUAACAGGGGCCCAUGAGAUGGUUCAGCAGGUAAAGGCAUAUAUGCCAAGACGCCCAGUGACCUGAGUUUGGUCAUCAGGACCUACCCAUGUGGCAGGAGAACUGAGUCGCAAAAGUAUGCCAUGGUGUGCAAGCAAGCUGUAUAUUUAGGAUUUAGUCUGACCUUGUGGCUUGGCUGGCCCAUCUGUCAUGAAUUAGGCCCCUGUCUCAGCUGCUCUCUCAGAUAAAGCUAGUCAAUUUGAUUUUCCAAAGGGUUAUGCUACUUAUGCUGGGCUGGAGAGGCUGCCUAGGAAGCUUGCUGAUAGCAGAGA